UCAGUCACUGCUGUAAAUUGUAGACAUACUGUUGUGACUUUAUUCUUGAAGUAUGGAUUUUACGUUCUAUUUUGUUCUAGCGCUUGUUAAUUUAGCUUGGUGUAGAGAAGAAGUAUGCUUUAGAGACAUUUCAAAUAUAGACACAUCUUGCCAUCCCGACUAUUACUGGAGAGAUUUCAAAGAUAGGAUUCCACCAGAUGCGAUCGAAGGUGGGAUGACAGCUUCUGGAACACCAAUAUAUGUGGCUCAAGUGUACAUAUACAAAAUUGGAUUGUUACCAGGUAUGGUUUUCCCUAACAAACCUAACGCUGUAACAAAUGCUCAUGGCAAAAAAAUGGAAUCUGCUACCGACGUGAAGGUGCUAUGCAGCACAAAUAAAAACAACUUUAAAUGGGUACCCACUAAAAGUGAAGAAUUAAACCUACUUACAAACACUCAUCUUGUUGUUGGUGGUAAAGAAGGCGUAGAGCUACUGUAUGUUGGACGAGCUUUAGAUGACGGAUCUACAGUUUUGGGAAAAAUAUUCAAGCAUAACUUUCCGUAUAGGGGACUAUGGGUUCCAAGUCAAGCACGCGAGGCUAACUAUUUGCAUUAUGAAAUCUUAACUUACGUAUGUCCUACUAACAAAGUUAUUGUAAACCCCGAAUAAAGUGUAUUGUCAUGAUUAUGUCAUAUCAAA